CAUGAAGGCAAGAUUAGCGCCAGAGGAAGAUUUAGAGGUGGUCACAUGCUGCGCUCUCCUUCUCUGAGGGAAUGUACACGGACCACCUGUGCCCCGACGGAGGACCCGCUCCCAGGAUGAGCCCCCAAUAGGAGGAGAGAGGUCAGAGGGCACAUUAGGGCUCAUGGGACAGCACCCCCAAAUGUCCACUUCAGGGAUCAACAGUAUGGCGUCUCCAUCAUCCCCGGGGACGAGUGACAGCCCCCCGCCGCCGGCUUCUCUCUCCCCCAAAAAGACUUUCCAGUCUCUGGGCUCGCUCUCGUCGGGCGCCGCCUCACCUGCCGGACCCAGGAUGCCGCCCAACCCCCCGAACUCCCCCAACAUGUCUAUCAUGAGCUCGCCUAAACUGUGGCACAAAGCCUCCAUCUCCAGGCUGGCAGAGGAGUUCUUCUGGAUCGGAGGGAGCGUGGUGGCUCGGCCCCAAUGGAGGCUGGGGCAGAUCGUGGAGAGGUCCAUGUGUACCAUGCAGACGGGAACCCAAAUGAGCAAACUGAAAGGAAAGAAGAAAGGACUUAGAAGGUUCUACUUCCUGGACGAGCACAGGUCCUGCAUCAGGUGGCGACCAUCCAGGAAACACGACAAAGCCAAAAUAACUAUCGACUCAAUCCACGAGGUGCGCGAGGGCAAAAAGUCGGAGGUGUUCAGGAGGUACGCAGACAACCGCUUCGACCCCAACUGCUGCUUCAGCAUUUAUUACGGCGAGCGCGUCAAGUCCCUGGACUUGGUGAGCGCCAACGCCGACGAGGCGCGGACCUGGAUCAGCGGCUUGAAGUACCUCAUGGCCGGCAUCAGCGACGAGGACAGCCUGGCUCGCAGGCAGCGCACCAGAGAUCAGUGGUUACAGCAGACUUUCUCCGAGGCGGACAAAAACGGUAACGGCACCCUAAGUAUCGGGGAAGUCCACCAGCUGCUCCACAAGCUCAACGUCAAUCUACCCAAGCAGAAAGUCCGGCAGAUGUUCCAAGAGGCGGACACGGACGAGAACCAGGGUUCUUUGGGGUUUGAGGAAUUCUGCUCUUUCUACAAGAUGAUCUCUACGCGCAGAGACCUCUACCUGAUCCUGAUCUCCUACAGUAACCAGAAAGAAGUCAUGGACCUGCAAGACCUGGCUCGCUUCUUGGAGAAUGAGCAGAAGAUGCGAGGUCUGGCCAGGGAGCACCUGGUUGACAUAGUGGCCAAGUUUGAGCCGUGUCCAGAGAACCUGCAGCGUAUGGUCCUGGGAAUAGACGGUUUCACCAACUACAUGCGAAGCCCCGGCGGGGACAUCUUCAACCCGGAGCACCACCAGGUGAACCAGGACAUGACGCAGCCUCUGUGCAACUACUUCAUCGCCACGUCACACAACACCUACCUGACAGGUGACCAGCUGCUGUCCCAGUCCAGCGUGGAGAUGUACGCCUAUGUCCUGCAGGCCGGGUGCCGCUGCGUGGAAGUGGACUGCUGGGACGGACCGGACGGGGAGCCCAUCAUCCACCACGGGUACACCCUGACGUCCAAAAUCCUCUUCAAAGACGUCAUCGAAACCAUCAACAGAUAUGCCUUCGCUAAAUCUCAGUACCCGGUGAUCCUGUCCAUAGAGAACCACUGCACGGUGCCGCAGCAGAAAAGGAUGGCCGAGUGUCUGAGAGAGGUGCUGCAGGACAAGCUGGACGUGUCCAACGUCAACAUUCAGGAAUGCAAGAAGCUGCCCAGCCCUGAAAUCCUGAAGGGUAAAAUACUGGUCAAGGGAAAGAAGCUUCCCGUAACCCUAGACUCCGACGCUGAGGAAGGAGACGUGUCUGAUGAAGACACCGGGGACGACGAAGACGAGGAGGAAGACAAUGACACACAAGAGGAAGACAGCGGUCUUGCUGCUCAUCGACCAAAGAAGAGACGAUUCGGCAGGUCGAUCAUGAAGAGCUUCAAACGCAAGAGGAAAAAGAGAAUGAGAGUGAGGAGUAAAGGAAGGUCUGACGGAGAGUCAGACUACAGCAGCAGCAGCAGAGACAGGACGCAGAUCGUUUAUCACCCCAAGAAGAGGAAGACAAUGAGGUUGUCCCGCGCUCUGUCCGACCUCGUCAAGUACACAAAAUCCGUCCGAGUGCACGAUAUAGAAACACAAGCCUUUGCCAACAGUUGGCAGGUGUCGUCGCUUAACGAAACCGUCAUGAACCAGAUCCUGCAGCUGAAACCCGGACCGCUGGUCCGCUUCAACCAGCGCCAACUCCUCAGAGUCUACCCGUCCAACUACAGGGUGGACUCCAGCAACUUCAACCCGCAGCCCUACUGGAACGCAGGAUGUCACAUGGUGGCCAUGAACUACCAAACCGAGGGACGCAUGCUUGAACUGAACCGUGCCAAGUUCUCAAGCAACGGAAACUGUGGCUACAUUCUCAAGCCUAAAAUCAUGUGUAAAGGUGCCUUUAAUCCCGAUUUGGAAGAUCCGCUUCCAGGCCAGAAAAAGAUCCAGUUAGUGCUGAAGAUAAUCAGUGGUCAGCAGCUGCCCAAACCCAAAGACUCCAUGUUUGGAGAUAGAGGGGAGAUCAUUGAUCCGUUCGUUGAGGUGGAGAUCAUCGGUCUACCAGUCGACUGUUCAAAGCAACAAACCAGAGUGGUGGACGAUAACGGUUUCAACCCCAUGUGGGAGGAGACUCUGGUAUUCAACAUCCUAAUGCCGAAGAUCGCCCUGGUGCGCUUCCAAGUUUGGGAUCACGACCCCAUAGGACGGGAUUUCAUUGGCCAGAGGACGAUAGCGUUUAGAAGCAUGAUGCCAGGUUAUCGACAUGUGUACUUGGAGGGGAUGGCAGAGUCUUCGGUCUUUGUUCACAUUUCAAUCAUUGACGGCAGGAUCAAGCCCAGCAAUGCCGUCCAAGUGGCCAGAAAACACAUCCAAAAAGUGGCCCAAAAGCACAUGAAGGGCCACCAAAGGCAACCGUCCCUCGAGUUCUCUGUGCAGUCCUCAGAGGACUGGCCCUCUCUGUUUUUCCGCAAGGACGGCGACUCCUUCUCCCAGGACAGCAGAAACGGAGACGUGUCUCCCCUAGUUCAAGGGCCGGCGGCCAGGGCUGCCAUGCACAAAGGCGCCAUGAGUGAACCUAUGAGACGAGCUCAUAGGGUAAAAAAUCCCCUUACUGCAGAGACCAGGAGAAGAAUAUUCAGCAAAAUGUCCUCUACCUAUUCAAGCCAGGUCGCUUCUUGCCCAGUGGAGGACACCUUUGACUUGGACACCCCUCCAUGUCCGCAGAGUCCAAACAAAGACAGUAACUGUCCAGCUCCCGACUUCGAUGUAACUCAGUCUUUGGAAUCUAACGAUGCUGAGCUACAAACACUUGGACCAGGGGAGCCGACACCUUCUGAGACAAUCCAAAGAACUGAUCCACAACUACAAGAAGAACCUCCACUUUCAAUCCCUCAGUCAAUACCGCAACCUCACUCUUCCUGGAAAGCCAAAUUCUCCCCUCUUAACACUCCUUCAUCCCCUCUACGGGUCAGAAGGACUUUAGAGACCCCGGCCAAUCGGAGACCCUUCACCCUGAUACGGGAAAAAGCCCGCACACGCAGCUGCCCCCGGAAACCCAGCACCUCUCCUCUGACUCCCUUGGUGAACCGCAAGCCUUCUUUCUCUCACUGGCAGCAGACGUGGCGCCAGGUGAGGACCAUACCCAACGGUCUGUGCUUGUCCGACAGCUCUUCCAGUGGGGACGGCAGCUUGGACAGCCUCGAGUUAGAAGCAAGCGUUGUGGCGGCGGGGUCUGAGCAACACGACGGCACCUUGCAGAGGGAGAUGAAGGCGCUUUUUGAGGAGAAGAUGCGGGAGAUCCGAUGUAAAUCACCAAUUUUUUUCGAUGAUGAUGACUUUUGAGUCAGCAAGAUGGACUUUGAAGUUCUUUUGGGGGUCUAACGCUUACUAGAUUGGAGCAUUUUGACCAGCAUUUUCUUGCCUUUUUUUGUAUCGCUGAAUGAACGGCACUGACACGGAAUGGGUAGGACUAAGGUGGAGCCAAGAGUUUUCCACCGCCGGUACUACAGGAUUUGUACAUUUCAUCAGUGAUUUUCCAUAUUUUUCCAAAAUCUUUUACUGAAUUUCCAUGAUAAAAAUGAAUAAUUGUAUUUCAAUUGGGACCUCUGAAAACGUACACUAUAUUAUUACUAAUACUACAUACUAUUGUUCUAGUGGUACUCAUUUGGCAAAAUCUGGGGAUUAAAUUUCUUGCCAUCUCAUGUGUCUCGUGUGUGUUGGUAUGACAAUAAAGUUCCUUG